GAUAGAAUCGAAAAUACAAAAAAAAAAAAAACAGAUCGGGACGAUGCCACCAGCCGACAAAAGCAGGUAUGAUGUCAGUGAAGAAACGUCGCCACGAUUCAACAGCAAUAGGAUGUAUGAUGUGUAGAGAUAACGAUUUCACUUGAGUCAACGGGAUCGAGAGCAAUCAAUCACCAAGUUUCCGGUUCGCUUAAAAAGAAAAGUGUGUUUGUUUUGUAAUUCUAUAAUCCGACAACUACGAUGCCAGGCAAAACAUACCGAGUCUUCUGUGUCGGAACCGUCGACACGAAGCUCGAUGAGCUACGAUUCCUUGCCGGAUCAGUUCGAUCAAACAUCGGCGCCUUCUCCAACAGCAACUCAUCUCCCAAGUUUGAUCAGGUUGAGGUUGUGAUUGUGGAUGUUUCGGCCAGUCCUGAUCAUAAGGGAGUGGAGAAUGUCCCCGACUUUGAAUUUGUUAAAAGAGAUCAACUUCUGUCAAGCUAUGGAUCAGCCAAACUCCCCGACGAUAGAGGCGAGGCGGUUGCCAUCAUGAGCCAAUGCCUUGAGACUUUUCUUAAGCUAUCCCUCGAGGAUAACUCUCUCGCUGGGGCUAUUGGCCUCGGCGGGAGCGGAGGAACGUCCCUCAUCUCCUCCGCUUUCAGGUCUCUCCCCAUCGGCGUCCCAAAGGCCAUUGUCUCCACAGUGGCCAGCGGUCAUACCGAGCCUUACGUUGGGACCUCUGAUUUGGUUUUAAUCCCUUCCGUGGUCGAUGUCUGUGGUCUCAACAGCGUUAGCAAAGUUGUGUUUUCGAAUGCCGCAGCUUCUUUCGCCGGUAUGGUUCUCGGGAGGCUUACAACCUCCCCCGCUAGCGACAACAACGACAAGGGAAAAUGUACUGUGGGUAUCACUAUGUUCGGGGUGACGACUCCCUGCGUCAACGCUGUUCAGCAGAUCUUAACAAGGCAAGGUUACGAGACGCUUGUGUUUCACGCCACGGGUGUUGGCGGCAGAGCGAUGGAGUCUUUGGUUAAGCAAGGGUUUAUUCAGGGAGUGAUGGAUGUUACAACAACCGAGGUUGCGGACCAUCUAGUCGGAGGAGUGAUGGCGUGCGAUAGUUCCCGUUUCGACGUAAUCAUAGAGAAAGGAAUACCUUUGGUGUUAAGUGUAGGGGCCUUGGACAUGGUCAACUUUGGUAGCAAAGAUACUAUACCUUCUCAUUUCCAAACACGGAAGAUUCAUGUUCACAAUGAACAGGUGUCUCUUAUAAGAACAACAGUAGAAGAGAACAAAAGGUUUGCAAGGUUUAUUGCAGAUAAACUGAACAAAUCAACAACAUCAAAAGUGAGGGUUUGCCUUCCAGAGAAAGGUGUGUCGGCACUGGAUGCUCCAGGGAUGCCUUUCUGGGAUCCAGAAGCCAGUGGCACCCUCGUAAAUGAACUGCAAAGUCUUAUUCAUGAAAAUGAAGACAGACAGGUCAAUAAAUAUUCACACCACAUCAAUGACCCUGAGUUUGCAGAGGCAUUGGUUGCUUCAUUUCUCGAUAUCUGUCCUAAAACCUACACACAACCCCGCUCUGAAACGGCUUCAACUAGAGAGCCUGAUGUGCCUCCUAAGCGUGAAAGGAUUCCAUACAGUCCCAAAAGUUUCCCCAAUGCAAAGCCAGAAACACUGGAACGAACUCAGGGCAUUUUGGGAAGGCUGAGAGAUCAAAUAGAGAAGGGAGUAGCAAUAAUAGGGGGAGGAGCUGGGACGGGAAUAUCUGCAAAGUUUGAGGAAGCUGGUGGGAUUGAUCUGAUAGUGAUAUACAACUCUGGACGUUUCCGGAUGGCUGGAAGAGGAUCUCUAGCUGGCUUGCUUCCAUUCGCUGAUGCCAAUGCUGUCGUCCUCGAAAUGGCUAAUGAAGUUUUGCCCGUAGUGAAGGCGGUGCCGGUUCUUGCUGGGGUAUGUGCUACUGAUCCAUUUCGACGUAUGGACUAUUUUCUGAAGCAGUUGGAGUCCAUUGGGUUCGUUGGGGUCCAGAACUUUCCAACCGUCGGUCUCUUUGACGGUAAUUUUAGACAAAAUCUUGAGGAGACUGGAAUGGGAUAUGGGCUGGAAGUUGAGAUGAUCGCAGAGGCGCAUAAAAUGGGGCUGUUGACAACUCCGUAUGCUUUCAACCCAAAAGAAGGAGAAGAGAUGGCGAAAGCAGGAGCUGAUAUAAUAGUAGCACACAUGGGUCUAACUACAUCUGGGAAUAUCGGGGCGAAGACCGCAGUGUCAGUGGAAGAAAGCGUUGUUCGUGUACAGGCUAUUGCAGAUGCUGCUCGUAGAUUCAACCCGGACAUCAUAGUGCUCUGCCACGGAGGUCCGAUAUCGGGACCGGAGGAGGCGGAGUAUGUGUUGAAGAGAACAAAAGGUUGUGUACAUGGAUUCUAUGGAGCGUCAAGCAUGGAAAGGCUACCUGUAGAGCAAGCUAUAACAAGCACUGUUCAAAAGUACAAGUCCAUAGCGAUGAAGUGAUGUGACUAAAGAGUAAGUUCACAUUUAUGCAUGUAGUGUGUUUCCUCUUGUCUAUUGUGGCGUGUUUGUUGCAUUUGGUUUUCUUUGGUUGCCUAUGCUUCUUUCUCUUCUCUUACUAUCUCUACUUGUGUAAUAUACGUUUAGUUGAUGUUUCUAUAUUUUUGAGAUAUAAUAAAAUCCGUUUCAAUCA